AUGAAUAAACUCGCCCAUGGGGGCCCCUACCCUGGUCGAGAGGCCGACGAGGCGGCUAUAUUCGCCCUCUGUAAAAUACAGACGGCAGCCGCUCUACCGCACACGAGGCAGCAGGUGUUGGGUGUGCCACCGAGAGCCCCGCCGGUUACAUCGCAUUUGCUUGCGGUUCCGGCGGCGGCGGCCUCGGCGGGAGUUGCGCCGCUGGUCUCGACCACUCAAGAGGUCGAUGUGCCCCCGGUUGCCCCCCUGGCCCCCGAAACACAAGAAGAGCCCGUGGCUGCGCUAGCCGUGGCCACCGAGAUGGAGGACGUCGAUCUGCCCGACGCCAAUCUGGCUGAGGCAAUUGCCGAGUCAGAGCGUCGUGACACUGACCCUGACGCUGCCCGCGCGCCCAGAAAGCGCCGGGCUAUGACAAAUGACGAUUCUGACACUCCCUCACAGACAUCUGACGCAGCGAGGCCGCGGAAGAAGGCCCCUAGGGCCUCCCGCACCUCCACCACAGAGUCUGGGACGACUAUCGCGGGCUCCUCCCGGAGCACCGCCAAGCAGAAACCGACGAAGACAACGCGGCGGUCCACUCGUCCACCUGCCGCCUCCCGGCAGCCGGACGAGGACGGUUUUGUUGCCCCACCCCGGCGGCACACUGCCAGGGCUGCUGCGCUGCAGCAACCGACCCCGCUGCCGACCGCCAACGCGUUUGCGAGCGCCAGCGUAGAUGCAUUGGACGAUGGCGCCGCGCCCCCGGCGCCUGUCCAAAAGAAGCCCUUUGCUGCCGCCACCAAGGGCGGCCCGUCAGCCUCCACCGCCCGACCUUCGGCGCAGGCGGAGGGCGAGACGCAGCAACCGACCGCGCCGUCCACGGCUUCGCCCGUGGGGGUGGCAACCCCUGCGCCCUCGCAGAGCGCGCGAGUUGCCGCCCCGCGCAGGCGUCGUCGGCGCGCGGGCCGGGCCACACCUGCCGUUGCGCAACGGACUGCCGCCAACACUCUGCCGCAGCAGAGGACGGCACCUCGUGCUGUGCCGCAACCGCGAUCGACUGCUGAUGCUCCACAGCAGCCGUCUACUUCGGAUCGGCCGCAACAGGCCGCCCCAGUGGUGGAGGCCGCCCCAGAGGCCCCCACCCCCCCCUUGGCCGCCGACGCAGCCGAGCUCCGAUCGCUCUUGCGGUCGUUGAGUGUGGCCCGGCCCGCGCGCCGACGACGCCUGCGCGGGGCGGCAACUCGCGCGCUCUGCGAGGGCGCAGGGGUUGCCACCCCCACGGGCGAAGCCGUGGACGGCGCGGUCGGUUGCUGCGUCUCGCCCUCCGCCUGCGCCGAAGGUCGGGCGGUGGAGGCUGACGGGCCGCCCUUGAAAAAGUCCCCCAUUAAAAAGCGAAAGUCGCCGCUGAGAAAAACAUCGGCCAAGACGAGGAAAACUCAGCGCGCGGAAAGACCGGCUAGCCCGUGCGAGGCACAGCCGACCGAGUCAGCGCAGGACGCGCCCGAGCGGACAAAGGCCGCCACGUGCUCAGGUAACGGAGCGGGCGGCCCCGCGCAGGUACAAUGCGCCGAGGCACGAGGCGAGCACAAUGGCCCGGCCGCGCCACCCGGCCCGUCGCGGGAACAAAGCCGCGACGCAGGUACCACGCCAGCACCGGCGGCCGCCGUGCAGCGCGCUGCUGUGGGCACGCCGCGGCAUGAGAAUGCAGCGGCGGGCGAGCAGCGGUGCGCGGUCGUGGCGGACGCCGAACCUGCCACUCCACACGACGAUGACGGUUUCCAGAGGCCCAAAAGAACCGCCGGCCGCUCCCCUGUGCUGCACACAGCCUCCCCGGUAUCAACAAGCGUUGCUGACCCUACAACCCCAGGCACGGUUUUUGGCAUUCAAGUCUCCACCGAGUAUGACUUUGGGGCCUAA